AUGGACUCUCUUGCCUCGGAAAGAGAGCUUGUGGGCUUCCUCCCAGAGUGCUCCUCUCUGACCCCUCGCAAUGUUCGAAGUAACUCCUUGCCUGGGGCUGGGCAGCUUUCUGGAGAGCCUUUCAAGCCAGCUUUGGUCUCAGACAGUGUGAAGAGAAACAAGACUGUUUUGGUGCUUCAGGAAUCUGUGGCAUUCAAAGAUGUGGCUGUGUAUUUCACCCAGGAGGAAUGGAGGCAAUUGGACUCUAUUCAAAAGGAUUUAUAUAGGGAUGUGAUGCUAGAAACAUAUAGGAACCUAGUGUCUUUGGGAAAGAGAAUCUAUAAAGUUGGUAUCAGUGGGAAAAGCUCCACACAGAAUUCAAACCAAAAUAAACAUCAGAAACUUUCCAAACGGAAGAAAUCUUGUAAGUGUAAUAAAUGUGGGAAAACCUUCACUCAGAACUCAUCCCUUACUCAGCAUCAGAUUAUUCAUACUGGAGAGAAACCCUUUAAAUGCAUUGAAUGUGGGAAGGUUUUUAGCCAGAGCUCACUCCUCACUCAACAUCAAAUUAUUCAUACUGGAGAGAGACCAUAUAAAUGUAAUAUAUGUGAGAAAGCCUUUAGCCGUAACUCAUUCCUUAUUCAGCAUCAGAGGAUUCAUACUGGAGAGAAACCCUAUAAGUGUAAUGAAUGUGGGAAGGCUUUCAGUCAGAGCACAUGCCUUACACAACAUCAGAGAAUUCAUACUGGAGAAAAGCCAUAUAAAUGUGGUGAAUGUGGAAAAGCCUUCAAUCAGAAUACAUGCCUUAUACAACAUUGGAGAAUUCAUACUGGAGAAAAGCCUUUUAAAUGUAAUGAAUGUGAGAGAACAUUUCGUAAACAUUCACAGCUUACCCAGCAUCAGAGAGUUCAUACUGGAGAGAAGCCCUAUAAGUGUUAUGAAUGUGAUAGAGCCUUCAGUCAAAGGACCCGUCUUACUCACCAUCAGAGAAUCCAUUCAGGAGAGAAACCAUACAAAUGUAUUGAAUGUGGGAAAGCCUUCUUUCAGAGCUCAUCUCUUACUGAACAUCAAAGAAUUCAUACUGGAGAAAGAGACUAUGAAUAGAAACCUUAUCAUUGUAAUGACUGUGGUAAAGCAUUUAAUCAGAUUACAUGCCUUACUGAACACCAGAGGAUUCAUACUGGAGAAAAGCCGUUUAAGUGUAAUGAAUGUAAGAAAGCCUUCCAAAAACAGUCAGCACUCAUUCAACAUCAAAGAAUUCAUACUGGAGAGAAACCAUAUAAAUGUAAUGACUGUGGCAAAGCCUUUAGUCACAGCUCAAUUCUUACUCAACACCAGAGAAUUCAUACUGGAGAGAAACCUUACAAAUGUAAUGAAUGUGGAAAAGACUUUCGCAACCACUCACAUCUUACUCAGCAUCAGAGAAUCCAUACUGGAGAGAGACCAUAUAAAUGUAAUCAAUGUGGUAAAGCCUUCAAUCAGAAUGCGUGCCUCACUCAACAUCAAAGAAUUCAUACUGGAGAAAAACCCUUCAAAUGUAAAGAAUGUGGAAAAGCAUUCAGUCACAGUUCUUCCCUUUCUGAACAUCAAAGAAUUCAUACUGAAGAGAAACCCUAUAAAUGUAGUGAAUGUGGGAAAGAUUUUCGCAACCAUUCACACCUUACACAACAUCAUCAUGUUGGUGAGAAACCUUAUAAAUGUAGUGAAUGUGGAAAAGCCUUCGGCCGGAGUUCAGCCCUUAUCAGACAUCAACAACUUCAUAGAGCAGAGUAA